AUUCCAAUGGGAAGAAAAACAAAUUUUUGGGAUUUAGGUGUUGGUCCAUGUGGUCCUAAUGUAGAGUUUUAUUAUGACCUUGUUAUUUUUGAAGAAACUCCAUUUUAUGCUGAAAAAGGUGGUCAAGAUUUUGAUACUGGCAACAUUAUUUUAAAUGGUGUAAAAAGUCAAGUUAUUAAUGUUCAAUUUAAUAAUAGAAAUCAAAUUUUACAUAAAGUAAAGCUAAAUAAUAAAAUUAAAGUAGGUGAUGAGGUUAUUUUAAAAAUAGAUAAAAUAAAACGUGAUUUAACAAGAAAAAAUCAUUCUUCAACUCAUUUAUUACAUUCUUUAUUAAGAAGUCAAAUUUCAGAUCAAAUAAAACAAAAUGAUUUUUAUGAUAAAUCAAAAGUUAGAGUUGUUAAAUUUGAUGAUUUUUCUAUUGAGUUAUGUGGUGGAACACAUGUUUUAAAUACUUCAGAAAUUGAAUCUUUUAGAAUUAUUGAUUUUAAAACAAUAAGUAAAAAUAUUUACAGAAUAUAUGCAAUAACUACAUAUAAUCAAAUGAAUUAA